AUGAGGGUCGACAUGGUCUCGAGAACAUCUAGCGACGGGCCCCCUCCUGGGGGCGGCCGACAAUGGAAGAAGUCACUGAUCAGCAAGAUCCCAGGACGAGGGAGGAUCAAGAUAAUCAGUCAACAUCCUUCUGAGACAAGUACCUCCGACAUAGAUCUCAAUGCCAGAUCUCCCGAUACCCACUCCGCGAACCCGCUCGAUAGCCACGAGACUCAUAUCCGACAGCUGCAGGCUAUUAUCCAGCGAAUGCCUCGCAAUUUUCCUGCCACGCCUAACCACGUCGACUCGGCCUAUAAGGAAUUUACAAGGAAUAAAGAGCAAUGCGCUGCGCUAUGCCGUCAUAUUCUGACGGAAGAACUGGGUCGCGGUCCUCAUGGCGGCGACCUCACCCGUCGCGAUUCAACCCUUGACUCCCCGCAAAGCCCUGGCCACAUAUACGAUACGAGAAGUUCUUUUAGUGGGAGAAGUCUUGCCGAAGUUGUUUCUGGAAGUGCUGGAAAGAGCAUGCAUCAGAGCGACGCUUGGCUGACAUCAGUGGGCGACUGGAGGAACUGGCUCGAAUUUCUGCUUGAUGCUUGCAAAGCAUGCUUGAUCGAGACGUACAAGAACAACGAGCGCGAUGCGACGCCAGAGCAGGUCGAAGCGCUAUUCACGAAUAAGCGGUUCCGGAAGGAGGCUGUCCAGAGGAUGCGCAAUGCUAGCGUUACUCGGGUUAUGUCGGCAGACCCUCAAUUUUUCCCGAGAUACGAAAUGAGAUUUUAUGAUUAUGAGAAAAUAAGGCAGGAACUGAAUGAGAUCCGACAGCUCGUCCAGACAGGCGAAUCAGGCAUUUCACCAGAUCGAACCAUUAAAGAAUUCGCUAUAUCGCAACGAGGAGACGCUAUACUAGAGUUCGCCAACACUGCCCCCGGAUGUAGCCAUAGCGACCCAGCGUUUCGUUUUCGAGUCUCGUCUUAUAUGCUCGCUGAGACUUCACCUAUCUUUGCUCGCAUGUUUGCGGGGAACUCCAGCAGUCUUCAUCUUUACGACGACGACGAUAUCUCGUCGCAGUUGCCCUUACCUCCUACAAAAUACUACUGCAGAGAUGGAUCCGAGGCUAAACUCUACCGCAUGCCACAAGUCGAGCUGAACCAUUUGGAUUCCUUGGAGAUCUUGCUACAUGGGGCACACCACCACAGCGAGAUGAUUCCGCGAGAGAUUGAGUUUGACAAAUUUGUUGCUAUCGCAGAGUGUUGUAUGAGAUACAAGAGUACCUCGCCUUUAGAACUCGUCGUUGAGCAUAGAUGGUUGCCGCAAUGGAUGCACAAGGGAGCCGAUGACAUGCCAGAUGGUCUCUUGGUCAUUAGCUACGCCUUUGGCUUGCGUCGGCUCUUCUCGCGCAUGUCGAAAACUACGAUUUUGAACCUCGUCGAUGAGAAGGAGCUACAAGCAAAGCCGUGGCCGCAAAAGAUCAAAGACAAGAUUUGGGCUGUUCGCUGCGCAAAGGUGGCGCAGAUUCACGAAUGUGGUAUGCUCUACCUCCGGUUAUGCUGA